ACUGCUGGCUUAUUUAGAUCAAGCCGCGCUCGGUAGACGACGCGAUAACCAAAUCUAUUCCAAUUAAGCUUUCCAUAUUUAUAGUAAACAUACAAUAAACUGUGCAGUGCAAACAAUUAUUUAAGUUAGAGUUCCUGCAUUUUAGCAAUCUUUUGAGAAUACCAUUAAUGCUGAUGAAGUAUGUUUAAAGUAUUCUGUAUACUCUUAUCUCUGCUGGUUCUAUCAAGAGGGCAAAAACAAAGAUGCGACCAGACGCCACCACAAGCGACUGUAAUUACUCCAUCAGACAACAUGGGCAUCUAUCGUAUGAGUAUCAGCACCAAAGGGAAUGACACCAACAUCUACCGACCGGAUCAGACAUACGUUUUGAAAUUAACAACAAACAACGCGACGCGUCCUUUUCGAUGGUUCAUGAUAACGGUAGAGGAUCCAGAGAUGGAUAAUAAUUCGGAGUAUGAUCCGAAAUUGGUGGAUGUCGGCAGCCUCAAAACUAUUGACACAAACAAGCAGUCCCGAUAUAGUGAGAGAUGUUAUAAUUCUGUAGAAAAUACUGAUAACUCUGACAAAUAUAAAGUUGAGAUUCAUUGGGUGUCACCGAAGCAAAAUGCACGUAGACAGAAGGUUAGACUUCGCGCUAUGGUGGCUGAGAAUAAAGAAGUAUGGCACGUAGGGGAAAACCUUACCAUCACCUUGGAGAAGGAUGACCGUCGACCCCUGGAUAGCCCUCCCUAUCCUCCCGAACCAAAUUGUAAUUUGUGCAGUGAGGCACAAUAUGAGGUUAUUUUCAACGGACGCUGGUCGAGAAUGACUCAUCCACGCUACUACCCAAGCAAACCAGAUGACAAUGGUUAUAGUCAUUUAGUGGGAGCCUCCCAUUCUUUUUCUCACACAAUUUGGCAACCUGCAGAUCAAGCGUCGCCGGGGCUCCAAAAAUUGGCAGAGGAAGCUGAUAUAAGUUUAAUAGAAAGGGAAAUUAUUGAUUCUAUGUCGCCUCUAAACGGUACAAGGACCCUGAUAAUAGGGAAACGUCGUUUUCACCCAAACAUGGGUGAACCAUCACAUUCUUUAUUUCGUGUGGAUAAUGUUCACCACCUAUUCUCAUUGGUAGUAGCAAUAAAACCGUCUCCAGAUUGGUUCCUGGGAGCAUACAAAUUUGAACUUUGCACUAACGUUGGAUGGUUGAAGGAAUCUGAGAUUCCACUAUUUCCGUGGGAUGCGGGAACUAUGGAUGGAGUCUCUUAUGAGUCUGUCCCAUCGGUAACUCAGCCGCGUGAUGUCGUGAGUCGCGUGGCUGUGGGGUCAUUCAACAAGGAGUCGCCCUUCUACCAAAUGAAUCUUAACGAGAUGAAACCUUUCGCCUUGUUACAAGUCAGACUCUUGAACGUCUUUCCUUUAGUUGGGGCUGAAUGUUCUCAAGACGAUUCAGUUUUCACAUGCUCUGACGUGCAAAAUGAUCUACAGGAAGAACAGAGAGAAAACCCAGAAGAAAAAGAAGAUGAAAAAGAGGAGCCAAUGAUAUCAGAAUUAAAAAUAGCAGAAGAGUGUACCUCGAGUGAAUGGGGGGAGUGUCUUCUUAAGUACCGUUUAGAAGCUGGCGGUAAUUAAAAGAUAAAAUACGAUAAUAAGUUAGUAAUAAAUUAAUAAAAUUAUGUAUAGGCAACUGUUUACUCUUUACCGAAACAGACGAAAUCAGUUCAGGUUCUAUGUCACCGAAAGUAGUUCUUAUUACCUUACCACUAUUAAGUUGGAUAUCAGUUAAUACGAAAUGAUGGAAAUGAUGACGCGUUUCGCAUGUGCCCUUGAAUAAAUUCUAAAAUUGAUUUUCUCAAUCUCAAUUAGUUCAUUUCUAGACACGCGACACAAUCCGUCGUUUCGUUUUCGGAUGUCGCCGCUUCUGCCCAGGCUUUAAAGCAUUCUCGCUUAAGACGUAAGGCCACCUUGCAAUAACGUUUAAGCCAAGGCUGGGACUUGUCACCGAUCGGCACCGCAGAGAGUGGAACAAAAAGUUCCAUACCUUGCGGGAAAACCUCGGCUACAAAAAUACAGUGAAUAUAUGCUAAAUAGCAGCCAUUUUCUGUUUCAAAUGCAAAUCCAAAAAUCAGACGUAAAUUCAAAAGCAGGAAAUUGUUCGAAAUAAUUGACAAUCAAUUGUUGUUCCACGUUCGACCAAAUAUACAACUGUGCAAAAUAGCUUAAAAUAUUCAGCAUUUACGUGUUACGAUAUUUUUAGUAACGUUGGCCUUUUAUUAGGAACUUAGGCAUACUACAUUAUGUAAGUUAGCAAGUUCAGUAUUGAGAUAUUGAUAUAUUUUUGUAUAUGAAUAUUAUCUUGUAUUAUUUUUAUAAACGCAUACAGCUGUUUUAUAAAUAUAAUUAAGUGUCCAUCAAAUUAGCAUUAAGACCAAAACUGGUCGCGAAAAAAGGAAAUUGAAAUAAUUAUGAAAAAUCGAAGAAAUUGAUAUUGAAUAGUCAUUACUUUCGAGUCAUUAGUAUAUUAGUAGCAUAAAAUUUGUAUUACUAUUUUGUAUAAUGUUUGACAAUAAUAAAUAUUUCUGCAUUAA